UUCAUCCAUAAUUUAUUUUGCACCUUUACCGGCUUGGCGGCUUUUCUUCUUCUAUUCCGAAGUAUCCGAAGAGUUUCGUAUUUGAUUUUUCGUCGUGAGAAUAAAAGUUUAUAAUCCUUAAAUUUCAACACAAUCAUUAUGGCUGAGGAAUCAUUUUAUGGAGUAACUCUUUCCGGACAGGACAGCACAGUCGAAUGGGACGUCAUUUCAAAUGACGAAGAUUUUCCCAGAGGACAAAAGCUGAUUAUCAAACAAAUUUUGCUUGGCGCCGAGGCGAAAGAGGACGAGUACAACGUUGUUGAGGUCUUCACAGUAAAAGAUUCACUGAGAAUUCCAAUCGCUGUAUUAAAAGCCGGUGAAACUCGUGCCCUCAACCCAGAUGUUGAAUUCUACGAUACUUCAGUGACAUUCAAACUAAUCAAGGGCAAUGGACCAGUGUACAUUCUUGGCCAAAACCUUAAAGAUGAUGUCGAAGUUGUAGAUAUGGAAGAUGAGGACACAGACGAAGAAGACGAUGGUGAGGAGGAAGAAGAUGAGGCACAUCCCCCAAAGAAGAAGCAAAAGGUUGAAAACAACAGCGACGCCAAAAACACUAAGAACAAUAAGAAGAAAUAAAUAACCCCCCACACAAAAGAUGAGGGCUUUAUUUUUUCUAGUUCCUUUUUUCUCCCAUAAACCCACAAACAAAACAACAAAAAAAAAACAACAACUUUCCCUUUUGCAGUUUAAAUUAGGUUAAAAUUUUAAUUUUUAAACAAAACUUAAACAAAUAAUGUAAACAGACUAAUGAAAAAAAGAAAAGAAAAAUGACAUCUAUAGGUAGCUGCAAUUGAUAUCAUUGUUUUCAGUUAAACUACUCUGCAGCUCUCUGGAAGACUCGUAUUUUAGUGAGACACAUAAGAGUGUCUAAUUCCAAGACAACAACAAGCAAUAUCUUGUUUUAUAAUUUAAGUGACUAUUAAACAACAAUUAAACUGAAACAAAACGUUUUUUUCCAAUAAUAUGUGCUCUCAAAUCAAACAAAAACAUAUUGUUGUUGGUCUUCUUCCAAAACAAACAAAAUAAAACAUUGACCAAAACGAUGUUAGUUAGGAAAAUGGCUUUUUUUACUAAAAUGAGGAAUAUGUUCCUGUCUCAAUCGAUACUUAAAACGAAAUAUAAUCGAGGAUAUAUUGCUGUUUUUUUUUGUUAAAAAAGCUAUUUAAAAGUUUCGCUAAAAGAUUUUGCAUUACUAUUUACUCUCAAAAAGCUUGUUAAAGAAAAAAUGUAAAUUAUUUUAAGAAUACUUACCUAAGAUUUUAAAGUUAAAUAACAUAAUUAAUUGUAAUUCAUAUCUACAAUAACUUGAAAGAUUGUAAAGCUGUUGCACUGCAAUUAAAUGUAUACAUUAUCAAUUGAAACAGCAACACAACACAGGAAGAACACACUAAAGACCUAGAACUUGAAUACACUUUGAAUUUCUUUUGAAUCCAUUGUAUAUAAAUGAUAUAACUGAAAACAAAUAAAGUUUGUUUACCAUUUUUAAA